GUUGUCGACGUUUCCCGAGAAUUCCGAGCGGAGUUCGCUAUCUCUCUGACACUGCGAUUGCCCUGACCAGGGAUGGAGGAAGUAGCCAUCAAGCUCAGAGCGGAGGGGAUUCAGAAAAGAGUGCUCAGUCCCGGCAAAGGCGACCUUCUAACUUUCCCCGAUGGAACUAAGGUCAAGUUCCACUACCGCACCUGUCUGUGCAACGGGACGGUGCUGGACGACUCCAGGACGAUGGGGGGUCAGUGCAAGCCCAUGGAGCUGAUUUUGGGGAAGAAGUUCAAGCUGCCGGUGUGGGAGCGAGUGGUCGUCACCAUGAGGGAGGGAGAGGUCGCCGAGUUCACCUGCGACACCAAGCACACAGCCCUGUACCCGCUGGUGUCCCAGUCCCUGAGGAACAUCAGCGUGGGGAAGGACCCGCUGGAGGGGCAGCGGCACUGCUGCGGGAUCGCCCAGAUCCACUCCCAUCAUUCCCUGGGACACCAGGACCUGGACGAGCUGCAGGCCCACCCACAGCCCCUGGUCUUCAUCCUGGAGCUGCUGCAGGUCCUGCCCCCUGGCUCGUUCCGAUUGGACACCUGGGCCAUGACGGACGAGGAGAAGCUGGAGGUGGUGCCUCAGAUCCACGAGGAAGGGAACGCACUGUACCGGCGAGGAGAGAUCCGGGAGGCCGCCGAGAAGUACCACAACGCCAUCGCCUGCCUGAAGAACCUGCAGAUGAAGGAGCGGCCAGGGGAUGAGAACUGGCUCCGAUUGGACCACAUGAUCACUCCCCUCCUGCUGAACUAUUGCCAGUGCCAGCUGCUGCAGGGCCAGUACUACGAGGUUCUGGACCACUGCUCCUCUGUGCUCUACAAGUAUGAAGACAACGUGAAGGCCUACUUCAAGCGCGGGAAGGCGCAUGCGGCGGUGUGGAACGAGGCGGAGGCGCGGGCGGACUUCGCCAAGGUGGUGCAGCUGGACCCCUCUCUGGCGCCCUCUGUGGCCAAGGAGCUGCGGCAGAUGGAGGAGCGCAUUCGGGAGAAACAGAAGGAGGAGAAAGGGCGCUACAAGAGCCUCUUCAGCUACGGCGGGGGCACCUCCACCGCUGCCACCACCGGCUGAAAACAAGAUGUGGUCCUUUUGGUCAAGUAAAGAGGAGGGAGGCAGUCACACGCACACACACACACACACUCA